AUGGGCGGGAAGCAAUCGAAACGACGCGAGCGGACGAUCGCCAUCGUGUGCACGUCCGCGGAUUCCAUGGAUGGACACGCGACGGGGGCGUGGCUCGAGGAGAUCGCGACGCCGUAUUACGCGCUGCUCGACGCCGGAUUCGCGGUGGACGUCGUGUCCGUGAAGGGCGGGAAGGUGCCGAUCGAUUCCGCGAGCGAGUCGGGGGAUUUCUUUACCGCGGAUUGUCAAAAGUUUUACGACGACGAGGACGCGAAGAAGGCGUUGGCGAACGCCAAGGCUUUGAAGGGCGUGAAAUCCGGGCAUUACGCUGGGAUUUAUCUCGCCGGUGGUCACGGGACGUGCGUCGAUUUCUUGAAUAACGCGACGUUGACGCGCGUGAUCGAAGAGACGCUGGCCGCGGAUAAGCCGGUGGCGGCGGAUUGCCACGGCCCGGUGGCGCUGUUGGCGUGUAAAAAGCCCAACGGCGACUCGAUUCUGAAGGGGACGAACGCGACGUGCUUCACGGACGCCGAGGAAACCGCGGUUGGGUUGGCGGAGAAGGUGCCCGUCUUGCUCGAGACCGAGUUCAAGAAAUUGGGCGCGCAAUUCAACGGCGCCGCCGACUGGACGCCCAACGCCGUCACCGACGGCAAGCUCGUCACCGGUCAAAAUCCCGCAUCGUCCAAGGCGUGCGUCGACGCGUUUUUGGCGCUCUUGAAAAAGUAG